AUGUCUCAUGCUCACCACGCCGGCUUGGUGAUGCGAAAUCACGUUCGUCGGGAUGUCAUCCCUCCAAAUCGAUUGUCAUUCUUGGUCCCUAGUACCUCCUCUAUAGCCACAAAGCUUUCUACCCUCGUGGCAAGAUCCGAAUCAUCUGAGCCGACCUCGGGAGCAAAGGCCACCAGCAAUCUGACAACGACCGUCUUGCCUAUCGUCCUUGGUGCAGGAGUUCCCAUUUUGUGUGCUGUUAUCAUUCUCAUUGUGCUUCACCGGAGACAUGUCAAGAAACUUCUGCGGGAAGAUGCUAUGGAUAAACAUAAAUCUCUUGAUUUUGGAAUGGAUACAGUGGGGCCUGCAACCAAGAGGAAAGGCCCUAAUGGAAUGCCCCCGAUGUCAGAACCCACCCAUACCAAAGGAUUGUCUCUUGAUGUCGGUCCAUACCUACUGCCUCCGGGCCUGCAAAAUUCCACGGACUCUCUGCGCUCCAUGUCAAUAGAUGAUGGAAAGUACCGUCCGGCCACUGCCUCCAUUCGGUCGUACCCCAGGAAUUCCAAAUUUGGAGGUACGGAUGACGGCAAUUCAGGUCUUCUCCAGAAUGCACAGAGGAUGUCUCGUUCAUCCCCACCCCUAUACUCCUCCCCUAUCGAACCUCAUGGACGCAGUCCUACGAGCCAGCACAACGAUUACCUCGGGCAAGUUCCCGGAGUGACGCAUCCACCUGCCGCACACCAACCCGGCAUGGCUAUUGGAAGUCCCAAUGCCAACCGGACUCCCUCGCCAGAGCCUCUGCCCCCUAUGGCGUCCUCUGCGGGCCUAGACUUCGGAUUGGACAAUACAUACGGCAACUCAUAUGGCAACCAACAUGAAGAGCGCCUCGACUUCCCGCUGCCUGAACAUUCGCAACCACGAGACUUGGAUCAUGACCAGGCUCCUGCAUCGCAUCUUCCUCGUAUUUCCCUCCCGGCCAGCGAUAUUACCAGUAGUGACUAUGGUGAUGACCGCAAGUCGCAGCACAUUCUCCCUGCGGUCAACAUCCAUGGCACGGAAGGUGUACAGCAACAUGAUAGCCCAGGCCACGAUAACAAGCAUCCCGAACUCCCAGAGGAACCUCAGAAUCUGGAUGCGGCAUAUGAUAACCGCCGCGAUACCCGCCGGAUGACUCUCGGUUUGCGCCCGUUGCCCCCAGAGGACCCCGCCGACAACCCAGAACAGCGUGCCAAUCGGAUUCGCUCCUUCUACAAGGAGUACUUCGAUGAGAGCAAACCGGGCGGCCAGGAGCCCACAUACUACGAGAACUUCGGCCCCGAGUUCUAUGAGAGCGGUGGUAACUCGGCCGGUUUCAUCUACGAUCCAACCACCGGCGACUAUUAUGAUGCCAGUCAGGGUGCUGCUCCAUUCGCCGAGCCCAUCACUCGUCGCGCGAUGACACCACCGCCUCGCGCACCUCCACGCUUCCAGGGAGCCGCCCGCCACAUGGCCACCAAUUCUGCUGGUCACAAUGGCAUCCCCGGCCCACGCGCCUUCUCAUCUGCCUCUGGCCGUAUGCCCGGUCCACCCGGUCCACGUGGUCCCAAGAAAGCCAUCCCACCCCCCUCGCCGCUGCACAUCCUUCCUACUCCCCACAUGUUGACGGAUGACUCCCUCAUGAGCGCCAUGGACUUUGCCCCGGCAUAUGGAAUCAAGGACCGCGUCGCGGGCCGCCCCGAGACACCCACCGGUGGCGUGCGCCCCUACGUACCUGGGUUGCGUGCCCACACGCCACUGGUCUCUGCCUUUGACGAGCUCGCCGUGAUGCCUAGUCCCCACGCCCUGCGCAAGUCUGGCACGUUCACCAACCUGGACUUUGUGCCCCCGCCCCGGUUCAAGAACGAGGGUGGUGCCGGCAGCGAUGCGGGUAGUAUCCGCAGUGCUCGCAGCGUCGUCUCUGCUAACCACCAAAAUAAUAUCCGCAUGGGCAAUUACCGUGUCAGUCGUCUGCCGGCCGAAGCGGUCGGUACUAAGGACGACAUGAUGACCAGUCUGCGUCCGAAGUGGGAUAUGAACAACGCAUAA